UUCUUUUCUCCACCCAGCAGCUGCAGGACGCACAGAACUCAAUCACACAAAAGAAGACAUGUCGCUUGUGUUUUUGAUGUUUUCCAUUGUCUUCUUCGGUUCAUCCUCUGGUAUACAAACUGAUGAGGUGUGCUAUGGCAGGAGGUGGCAGUUUCCAUCUAAUUAUAUACCCUCACGUUAUACUGGACCAAUAUACUUUACUGAAACUAAUACGGGAUCCAAAAAAGUUGUUAUAAAUAAUGGGAUGGCAAUAGACACACGCUUCAGAGUCUCUCCUGGCUCAAUUUAUCUUACAGAUGUAGAAAAAAGAGAUGAAGGAAUUUAUUCUGUCUCAUCUGGUGGCUACCAGCGACAAGAUGUUGUUGAACUGAAAGUCUUGGAAUGUGCUAAAAAUGUCACAAGGGAUUACUACUAUACGUGGGAGGACUCUAUCCCUAGAUGGGCUGAAAUCCUGGAGUUUACUCCCCUUCACAGUCCGGACCAGCCAAAGAUCCUGUGGAAUCGCACAGACUCUCAGAUCAGAGAAAGCAGAGCUGAGGUGAAAAACGGUAAUUGGCAGCUGUCUUACCUCACUCAGGCAGACAGUGGGUACUACAACUUCAUGGAUAAGAACCACUCUGUGUUGGCCAAGGUGCUGCUCAAAGUAAAAGAACAAACCAGACACUAUGAAACAAGGUGGAAUGAGCACAUUCUCAUUGAAUACCCUCGGGGUCCUAAGAAGUGGACCGUGACUUUUACACCUGAAGGCCAAAUGGAUCCCGAAACACUGAUGGAUGGCAGUCUGAUCAUAAAAGAUAAUCGCUUUUCUGGCAGAAUUCAUGCAGUGAUGGAUGGCAUAAUUAUAAAUUCUACAGAAAUUAGAGACUCUGGCACCUUUGAGUUCAGAGACCCAGAUGGCAACCUGAUCUUGAGUGCUCGGCUUGAAGUGACCCCUGAAAUGUUGCCACAGUUUAUAUUUAUGGCCGUUAUUGCCUUGAUUGUCGUCGGGAUCAUCUGCUGUUGCUGUUGUUGUAAAAAGUGCUGUAAAAGGGACAAGUCUGCUCCUCAGACUGCAGCCUCACCUGCACCUGCUGUAUAUUAUCAUAUUGAGAAUCAACCUGCGUGCCCAAGUUACUCACAUCCUUCAGCUUUGUCUUAUCAGCCUGUGAAUUCUCAUAUUUCUACACAACCUUCAGCUACCUCCUCUGAGCCACUGUUGUACCACAAAGUGAAUAUCCAUGAGAACCCCGCUCAGCCUGAGGUUUCAGUACCUGAAAACCAGGCUUCCACUCCAGCUCCCUCAGUCGGUCCAGACUUCCUCUCAUCAGAUCCGGAGCCGCAAUUUGAACUGAAAGGAUUAGACAUGCCUUUUGCACCAUCUCUUACUUCAAACACAACUAUCUGUGAUGUUUAUAACUCAGACAAACUAAACUUUCCGUAAACAGUAUGCUGAAAAUUCAGGUAGAGUUUAUUAUUGUUUCCAUUUUCAUCUUUGCAAAGCCAUACACGGACAGGAAAAGGACCAUGCAGACAGAUGUUAAUCGCACUGUGUUGAUGCAUGAUCCGUUUUUUUAUCUUUCACACAAAGAUGUGCUGUUGUAAAAUGUGUGGAUUCCAAAUAUAUUUUUUCAGUUAACAAGAUUGCUUGUAAGUUUGUAAGUUCAUGUCUUGCAAACAGUUUGGUUCUGGAAAGCUUUGGAAUUUUUAAUUUUUUUCCUAAAUUUUCCUCAGGUAUGAGAACAUAAAUCUCACUCAGUGUUGUCCUCCAAAUAUUCUGUUACAGCAGCUUAAGUGUGAAUUACAGGAAUCAGGGUUUUAUUAAAUUGUGCAAUAUAAACGCAUUUACAAUAAAUUAGAAUUGUUACUUGCAUGAAAUAGUGUCUGCUUUGCUUCUCUUCACAGGCUAUUUAUGGAUAUUUACGGAAUGACAGAUAAUGUAGUCCAGUAUCUUGGCAAAGUGUGUAAUAGAUACGGUGGACCAACGUGCCUAUUACAUGCUUUGCCGUGAUAUCAGGCUGGAUAAUGUUGCUAGCUUUUGCUUCCAUGGGUAUUUUCUACCUCUGUUAUGUGCAUCCAGCUCCAUACAUCACUUGUUUGUAGCUUUUAUCAUUGUGUUUUGAGGGAUGGUGGGCAAUUUUUAAAUAUGCCUUUUUAUAUUGUCAAAUUCUCAAAUGCAAUACAAGUAUAACUGGCUCUGUAUAUCUUUAAACAGAAGCUUGUAUAAAAGUUUUAUCAGGCAUUGAAAAACAUGUAUCGUUUAUAUAAUGUAUGUAAAAUUCUGAUAGUUGUUUGCAUUGCAUGAAGAUGUCUGAAUAUGGAAUUAGUGUAAUGAUUUGAAAAAGACCUUAAAGAGCUUACAUGAAUUUUUCAACUCUGUCCCUCUGUCUCGCUCCCUCUUUCUGUCUCACUCUCUCUCUAACACACACACACACAUGCACACGCACACGUGUGGGGACACAGUGGAAUAACAACACCACUACUUCUUACAUUUUAAAAAAUCUAAAUGGAAGAGCCCCUUAAAAUUUGCAUGGAAACUAGAGGGUUAGAUUUUCAACAUUACAAUUAGCGUUACAGUUGUAAUAGCUUCUAAUGCAACUGUAACUCAUUUAAUUAUAAGAGCAUUUGUAUGUUGACAGACAUUUAAAAAAGCUGGUUUUGGAGAGUUUGCUACUAUGCAGCUCUUAUAGCAAGUUGAUGUGCAGAUGUUAAUUCCUGCAUGGAUGUUCCUUUGCCUACAUGCAUGUAGUUUAAGUAAUUGCAUGGUGUUAUCAUAUUUGUUAUCAUAUGUUAUGAUACAUUAUGUUAUCAUAUUUCGUAGAUAAAUAUAACUUGGUGUCAUCUGCAUAGCAAUGAAAAUGCAUGUGUUUUGUAAUAAUAUUGCAUGAGGGGAAACAUAUAAUGUAAAAAGUAUUGGUUCCAGGACAGAACUCUGUGGAACUCCAUGAAAAAUUCUCUAACUUACAUUAAUAAUACCUGUCUACCUGUUCAUUCCUGGUCCAUUCCUGGUAUAAAGCCUGAGAAUAAUUGCUAUGGCAUGGGAUUAAACUUUUCAUCUGAUUUAUUU